CUCUUGUUGCUCGCUCCUUUGAUAUGGCAAACGAUCGUGCGUCGAAAGAUCGAUCAUCGUGGCGAUCGAGCGCCGUUGGAACCGAACGAGGCGAGAACAGCGACGCCGUCUAAUCGUUCGAUAAAUCGAUUUACUCGAUCCAGUGACGCGUGGACACACCUGGAUCGCGCACGAUCGAAUGACUCGGAAGGUGUGGAUCGGACGUGGCUGGUGGGUGGCGCGUCAACUCGAACACCUGAUUCUCGGUUGCCAGUUCGAGAUGCGGCUCACGUCCGGACACGUGUUUCUGACAAGUUUGCUGAUACUGCUCCGUGCGCGUCGAGCGGACGCAACUACCGAGGAUUCGCCCGAAUUUUCGAACAAGGGGGACGCGAGAUACUGCGGUAGGACAAGACUCGAAUACGUUUUACAAACGAGACAAAAGGCAGGAAAUUGCAUGGUAUCGUGCAACGAGACUGCAACCAGCAGCCAUCCUUGGUCUCUUAGAUGAGACGGUCGACUCACGCUCUCACGGCACCGCUCCGGUUGGUGUGGGCCAUCGAGGGCAAAGACGCCGAAUUACCAUGCGACAUCACUCCACCGACGCCCACCGACUCUGUGAACAUGGUGCUUUGGUUCAAAGACACCGCUGGGAUACCUCUUUACAGUUUGGACGCGAGAGGCAAGGAUCUUGCCUCCGCCAUUCAUUGGGCGGUCAGCGACGAUCUCGGCAAGAGGACCUACUUUCAGAUCGGCGAUGGCCAUCGAGCGAAGCUCAAAGUUACCAAGGUCACCGUCCAGGACCAAGGAAUCUUCAGAUGCAGGGUAGAUUUUAUCAAUUCUCCGACGAGGAACUUCCGCGUGAAUCUCACGCUUGUCGGUAUAAUUAUUGCCUCAAUUGUAUCUACUCCUCAACUGUAACAAGCGUAACGAGCUCGCGUUUCUUUUUUUUCUUCUUCUUCUUUUCUCCAGAAGAACCAUCCAGACCUGUGAUAUACGACGCUCAGGGACGAGAGGUGACACGAGUGGCUGGUCCCUUUUUGGAAGGCUACAACCUCGACUUGACCUGUCAGGUCUCCGGGGGAAGGCCAAAGCCCACGGUAGUGUGGUGGAAGGAUGGUAAGAUAUUGGACGCCGUGGUUGACACACUUGCAAUCGGCUCGCCCAGCAAAUUCACGGUGAACCGUCUGUUCAUCAACGAGGUGACCAGAUCGUUGUGGGGCACGAAGCUCGAGUGCAGGGCCCAGUCGGAGCAGAUGUCCGCUCCGAUCAUCCGCGAAGUACCUCUGGACAUUUACCUGAAGCCCGCGAUCGUCAAGAUCGUCCUGAUAGAAAAUCGGAUUUACGCCGGGCGCCCGAUCGCCGCACGCUGCGAAACCUGGGGAAGUUCGCCGGCUGCCAGGAUCAUCUGGAAGCUAGGUGGACAGGUGAUAGGCGAUCCGAACGUAUCGACCACGCAGAGAAGCAAUUCCACGAUUAGCAAGCUGGCACUGGUUCUCGGGAAGGACGAUAACGGCAAGAAAUUAACCUGCAGAGCCGAGAAUCCCAGAUUUCCCGGCGGAGUUUUCGAACAAUCUGAGGUUCUGGACGUUGCCUGUGAGUCUCACGCUCCGAUUGUCUCUAUCGAUCUGGCUACCGGUUAUGUUCUGGAUACUCUCAGAGAAGGAGAUGAUCUGAAGUUAGUGUGCGACGUAGAGAGUAAUCCACCACCGACUAGAAUCAUUUGGUAUCACAAGGUACGAGGAUUUUUCACAUCAUUUGCACAUUUGAUAUUGAAUUGUUACGACGAUCGAUUGGAGCACGAUGUGGCCGGCGGGACGUUGAUAGCCUCGAACACGUUGACACUGAGGGUGCUCACUCUCGCGCACGCCGGCGAGUAUUCCUGCGAGGCGAUCAACUCCGUGAGAGAGGGUCGGAGCCCGCCGAUUUUCGUUCAGAUGAAAUGUAAGUGCGCGAUCUCUUGCUCAGCGAAAGAUCGUUGUGUUUCCGUUAUGCGGGCAGACGCGCCGAGAUGCCGAGCGGGCCACGAGCGGCGCGAGGUCACGGCUGGUCGCCACGAAACCGUGUCGCUGCGCUGCGAGGUCGACGCCGUGCCGAAGGACGCGGUGAGGUUCUCCUGGACGUACAACGGGACGCGCGGCGACGUGUUGCCGAUGCCGAACUCCAGAGCUCGGAAUAACGGGCUCGUUAGCGUUCUCGAGUACACUCCUACCGCUGACACCGACUUCGGAACUCUCGCUUGCUGGGCCAGCAACAGCGUCGGCAGACAAAGGACGCCCUGUGUGUUCGACAUCGUGCCGGCAAAGCCACCGCAGCCUCCGUUCGAUUGUUCUUUGCACAAUGAGACCAACUCGUUGGAGGUGAAUUGCAUCCCCGGCGAGGACGGUGGCUCGCCGCAAUACUUUCUGCUCGAGGUACGAGGGAUCCCGAGGAAUGCCGGCGUCGUUCAUGCGAGCCCGUCGACGCUGCACGCGCCUCAAAGCGAUCAGGGAAUGGUCGGCGAGGUGCCGGCGAUAUAUCAGGAGCGAAAUCCAAGGCCGAACUUUCAGCUGCACGGUCUUGAACCUGGCUUCGAUUACACGUUGUACGUGUACGCGGUGAACGGACGAGGAAGGAGCGAGCCGGCGUUGUUGGAGCACGUCCGGGUCGCCGGUGUUAUCGGCGGGAAAAUCGAAAGGAACGGCUUGUUUCUGGAGGAUCUGAAGAAGGCGCUCCCCAAGGCCAGCUCGGAAAAUAUGAUCAUCGCUAUCGCCCUGACAGGUGCGGCGGCUUUGAUCCUGAUUGGUAUCGGAGUGAUCAUCGGGCUGGCUAUCUGCAGGAGAAGGACCACGUCUCCGGUCAAAGACGGCCCGGACGAUUUCACCACUCCCACCUACGUUUCCGCUCAAAGGAUCGAGCCAAGGAUCAGAUACUCGGGCGAUGGCAGGCGUUCUCAAAGAGCCAGCUUGUACGUCGAGGAAAAUCGAAACGUAUCCGCUCAUCUCGCUAUAUUCGUAUUUAAAGUCAGCUUCUCGAGUCGCCUUGAACUCCGCCCAGGAUCGUCUAUCAGCCUCGUAAAAACUAACAGAAUCAUCAAUUUCGACAGCGAAGAGAAAAGGCCUUCGAGAUCAGAGAUGAAUAGACAGUGGAAGCUCGGCGCGGCGCGGCAUGAGAAGAUGGUUGUUAAAGCGACAGGCAGUCGACGAACGGGCCGGGCAAAGUGUAAAGCAAAUGCAGCGUGCAUUCGCCUCUAUAAUGAAGAUGCAAGCGGACCAGCAACCGUUGAAUGCAGUUGCGUAUUACAGAGAGGCGUAGAACGCGAGAGGAGGAGGAACCGCCGCGGCGCGCCGUGUCGGACAGAUAAUUAG